AUGGAUCGAACGUCUAAAUACUUCUCCAAAGAGAGAGCGAAGAAGAUAUCGAUAACGUAUGAAGAUGAGGUCAAUGGAAGUGCGAUAAGGCAAGUGGGGGGAGUAGAGUAUCGCUUGAAAUCAAAGCGGGAGGCGACUAAGGGGGAGACAAGUCCACAUUUUGUGAAGGAAGAAUAUCCCGACGCUGAAGGAAAGCUCCUCCCUGUAGAAGGACGCAUUCGAAAUGGUCGAAAAGAACGACGGGGUAAGCAGAUCAGCCAGGAUGGUAGGCGCGGCACCAAGCGUGUGCCCAUAGAAAAGCAUGAAUUAAGGGAGGUUAACAGUGAGCUUAGGAAGAAACUUGUUAAGGUGAUGGAGGGAUCAGCUGUUGGGGAGGGUGGGGGGAAGUUGAGCGGGCCAAGUGGUGGUCACAACGGUGGUGAUGACAAAAGUGCUGAUAACCCCGCUAAUGGCCCCGCUAAGGACCACACUUCCCCCCAGACGGAGCAGAAGCUGGAACACUUCCUCCAGACGUACGAGAAGAUUAGCAAAAUGCGCAAGCACAUCGUGGCUCCGGUGGACAAGUACGGUUGCCACAUGUUGAGCGACAAAACGGAAAGUGCAAAGGUCUACCGAUUCCAAACCUUGGUCUCGUGUAUGCUCUCCACAAGGACGAGGGACGAGAGCACCGCGAUGGCUAUGGAGAGAUUAAAAAAGCACGGGCUCACGGUACACAACAUGCUAAAGACAUCUGAAGAGGAAUUAAAAAAAUUAAUACAAACCGUAGGUUUCUAUAAGAUUAAAGCAAAGCAGAUUAUUCAGAUUAGCCAAAUAUUGAGAGACAAAUAUGAUUACGAUAUUCCACACACACUGGAGGGGUUACUAGAACUCCCAGGAAUAGGGCAAAAGGUCGCUCACCUUAUUUUACAGACUGCCCUCGAUACACAUGAAGGGAUAGCUGUGGACAUACAUGUCCAUAGAAUUUCUAACCGCUUGAAUUGGGUAUGUACAAAAAACGAGUCAAUUACACAAUCCAAAUUGGAGAGCUAUGUACCCAGGGCUCUGUGGUCUGAAUUAAAUAAAACUCUGGUUGGAUUUGGGCAGGUGGUGUGCAAAGCGAAAAGUCCUCAUUGCACCAUGUGUGCAGUGACGAACUGUUGUAAGUAUUACCAGGACACCCGAGGGGGGAAGGAGGCCCCCGGGGGAAAAUGA